GGGGCGGAACUCAGUACUUUUGCUUCUGCAGGUGACACUGUCCAGACAAGAGCCGUAGAGCCGGGUGUGUGUUGCCGGGCAGAGCCAGUAGGGGCAGGACUACACCGGGCGCCAGCUCCGCCCCGCUAGAGCAGGAGGAUAAAGUCAAAGUAGCUCACCCCGGAGGACAGUGGACUCAGCCCCUGGCACCAGCACCAUGCCUAUGACGCUGGGUUACUGGGACAUCCGUGGGCUGGCUCACGCUAUCCGCCUGCUCCUGGAGUACACAGACUCAAGCUAUGAGGAGAAGAGAUACACUAUGGGCGAUGCUCCUGACUAUGACCGAAGCCAGUGGCUGAGUGAGAAAUUCAAGCUGGGCCUGGACUUUCCCAACCUGCCCUACUUAAUUGAUGGAUCACACAAGAUCACCCAGAGCAACGCCAUCCUGCGCUACCUUGCCCGCAAGCACAACAUGUGUGGAGAGACAGAAGAAGAAAAGAUUCGUGUGGACAUUUUGGAGAACCAGGCUAUGGAUGUCUCCAAUCAGCUGGCUAGAGUCUGUUACAACCCAGACUUUGAGAAACUGAAGGCAGAAUAUUCGGAGCAGCUCCCUGGAACGAUGAAGCUCUUCUCACAGUUCCUGGGGAAGCAGACGUGGUUUGUUGGUGAAAAGAUUACUUUUGUGGAUUUCCUUGCUUAUGAUAUCCUAGACCUACACCUUAUAUUCGAACCCAAGUGUCUGGAUGCCUUCCCAAACCUGAAGGACUUUGUGGCCCGUUUUGAGGUGAUGCCCUGGUCCUCCUUGCUCUUGGCUGUCAGCUGAUGUUUUCUUGGGCUUGGAGAUGGAGUGAGGACAAAGUAGCGUGCAUUGAGCACUCGCUCUGUGCCGGAAUCGGUGCUCAGCACCUUAUGUCUGCUGAUCAAGAUUAUCAUUACAGCGUUUCUCCAGGGUGUGGAGAAUUAUCAGCCCCACUGCUCAGAUAAGGAAAUGUGAAACCGUAGAGGGUUGCUUACCUGCUCAAGGUGUCAGCACCAGCAGAACUGUGCUGGGGUCCCUGUUGACUUCCUGUUCCUCGGGCAGCAGGUCGAGGCUGCUGCCUGGGUUAGGAGGGCAAGUCAAAGGAAGGUGUUGCAAAGCACCCAGAUGUAACGAAUACUUGUACUUGAUGUGCUGAAUGUUUUGCUGAGACCUUGUGGGGCCCCUGUUAGAGAAUUUUAUCCUGAAAUGUGUGUCAUGGCUUUCCUCUCUCACUCCUUCGAUUUUUUUCCUUUUGGGUGUCCAAGUAUUCCUUUUGUGAGACGUCACCAUAUGCUUAGUUUUGCUUGUAUUUUCUGAUUUCUAUAUGAGGCACAUGCCAUGCCCAGUAAGAAAGGAAAAGGUGGUCCUUAGACCCACUUUGGCACCCUGUGUAUUGCAUAACAUCAGGCAUACCAGACUGGGAGGGGUGUGUGGUACCACCUGGGUGCCGUGGAGCCCCGAUUCACCAGAGACUACUUGUUUGAUGCCUACACCACCUAAUUUAUUAGAAACUUGGGGGUUGGAGACCUUUGACCAUUGGGCUUUUCAGUCUGGAACUCAUUUUCCUGUCCCAUUCCUUAUCAAGUGAUGAGCUUUCUCAGCUAGUUCUCAUCAUUUGGUCCAAACUGGGUGGCUCUGAGAAGGAAGAGGCUGGGGAGAGCUGAAGGGUGCAGCUUUAGGAUAAACGUGAACUUGGUUCCUUGGAUACAGACAGCUCUGGACUUCGCUGAACUCUUUAGAGAUUUUUCUAGGGGCGCACUCUCCUGGUAGAAGGCCAGUAACACAGGUGACUGUUAUUGAGCCUGGUCCCUGUAUCAAGGCUGGAGACAGGAUUGGUUGAGGCUCAGCACCAGGUGCAGAAGUUUGGCUUUCUCCCUAGGGAAUGAUUAGGGCGCGCCUGGCUUUCUUUUCUGGUCUAUCUAUAUCUAUAAACUUUGACCCUGGUUUUGCCAAGUCACUGGAUGAGAUAGGGGCUAUCUGCCAUCAUGCCCUUUUGUCUUGAUAGAUUCCUACUCAAUGUGCAGACCCAGGCAAUAUGGAGUUUAUGUGUGCAAGAGGAGCAUGUCUGUAUAGACGGGGUGACAAGGCCCCUUAGGGAGGGCAGGAGGGAGUGCCGAGAGAGUAUAACAUUGGAGAGACAAGGCCCAGGCACGUCCCAGAUGUGUGCCUCUUAAGAGCAGCGUGAGGAAGAGGAAGAUGAUUACCCUCUCUGGCCAAGAGCAAGCCCACAUUGGUUUUCUUUUUCUUUUCUAACUCUCAGGGACUGAAGAAAAUCUCUGCCUACAUGAAGAGUGGCCGCUUCCUCUGAACGCCUCUGUAUACAAAGGUGGCCACGUGGGGCAAUAAGUAGGGCCUUGACGGGGCCAGAGAUGGAAACCCGGGGCUCUGGGAAAAGUUGAAUUUCCUGUAGCCCUGGCACUUCCUUCUUCUUCCUGUCCCCUUCCUGAUCCCAGAUGCCCUGGGUCCUCUUCUCUUUCACCCAGUCCCUGCCCUCUCAAGCCCUUUAAAGCCUAGACUUCAGCAAGUGCCCUUCUAGCGUGACUGUCUUGCACCCACUUGACGGUCUUGCCUGUCAUUUGCUGUGAUGUGAAGAGUUGGGACUCGCCCUCAGAGCUCAGCUUGGGCUCCCCAUGCCUGUCAGGAGGCUGGAGAUGCCGGAUGUAUGAGGGUGCUGCCCGGCCAUGUCAGGUACCUACUGUUGGGCUUGAUCUACACUAGCCCUGGCUGCUACACUGCCAGCUUUCACUGCUGCCCCCAAAGACUGCCUCAAGACCUGGCAGAGGCCAAGUUCACAGGGAUUCUGGUUGGAUAAGCAGGGGUUGGGGACUUCCUGACCCCAUCUGAUAGCAUCACAGCAGGUAGCUGCAGGAGGCUCUGUGUAACUUAGAGGGACCUUUUGGGGCUUGGGAUCUCCUGUACUCUAGCAUUACUGAGGCUUAUCAUACAGGUCUCAGGGGUUGAGGACCAGGGCUGGUGGGAGUCCCCAGCAGUAAGCCAGAAUGCUCUCUGCCUCCCAGUAGUAUGGCUGCGUUUUAUCUGUGUGUCUCCAGGAUCCUGUCUCCUCUUGGUUCCUGAUGCCGUUGGAGUAUCCUGUCUUGGUCACCAGGGAUGGGGACCAACUUAGCUAAUCCCUUCUCUCUGUGAGACCCUGUGAAAUAAAUUUCUUCAUGCUUUCAUAA